CGGCGGGGCACUGCCGGCACCGCCCCGGGACGGCGCGGGGACAUCCCGGGACAUCCCGGGACACGGGGGACACCGCGCCAUGGGGCCGCAGGGCCGCCAGCACCCCCGGCUGAUGCUGCUGCUGCCGCUGCUGCCGGCGCUGGUGCCGGUGCUGCUGCCGGUGCUGCUGCCGGUGCUGCUGCCGGUGCUGCUGCCGGUGCCGCCCGUCGGCGCCGCCGCCGCCCGGCCCAACUUCGUGCUGGUGCUGGCGGACGAUCUGGGCUUCGGGGACCUGGGCAGCUACGGGCACCCCUCGUCCGCCACGCCGCACCUGGACCGGCUGGCGGCCCGCGGGCUGCGCUUCACCGACUUCUACAGCAGCGCCGCCGUCUGCAGCCCGUCCCGGGCCGCGCUGCUGACGGGCCGGCUGCCGGUGCGCUCCGGGAUCUACCCGGGCGUGUUCGAGCCCGGCUCGCGGGGCGGGCUGCCGCUGGCCGAGGUGACGCUGGCCGAGCUGCUCCGCGGGCGCGGCUACGCCACCGCCAUGGUGGGCAAGUGGCACCUGGGCUUCGGGCCCAACGGCUCCUUCCUGCCCGCGCACCACGGCUUCCAGCACUUCCUGGGGCUGCCCUACUCGCACGACCAGGGGCCCUGCCAGAACCUGACGUGCUUCCCCCCGGACACCAAGUGCUUCGGGACGUGCGACCAGGGCGUGGUGCCGGUGCCGCUGCUCUGGAACCAGAGCAUCGUGGAGCAGCCCGUGUCCUUCCCCGAGCUGGUGCCGCGCUACGGCCGCUUCUGCCGCGAGUUCAUCGCCCGCUGCGCCCGCCUGCGCCAGCCCUUCCUGCUCUACUACGCGUCACACCACACGCACUACCCGCAGUUUGCCAGCCGGGAGUUCGCGGGGACGACGCGCCGGGGACCCUUCGGGGACGCGCUGGCCGAGUUCGAUGGCUCGGUGGGACAGCUGCUGCAGGCCCUGCGGGACAACGGCCUGGAGAACUCCACGCUGGUGUUCGUCACCUCUGACAACGGCCCGUCCACGCUGCGCAUGGCGCGCGGCGGCAGCGCCGGGCUGCUCCGCUGCGGCAAGGGCACCACCUACGAGGGGGGCAUGAGGGAGCCCGCCCUGGCAUACUGGCCCGGCACCAUCGCGCCAGGGGUGACGCACGAUCUGGCCAGCACGCUGGACAUCCUGCCCACGCUGGGCGCCCUGGCCGGCGCUGCGCUGCCCCGCGCCGCCCUGGACGGCUUCGACCUGAGCCCGCUGCUGCUCGGCACCGGGAAGAGCCCCCGCCGCGCCGUGUUCUUCUUCCCGCCGGCCCCCGACCCCCUGCACGGCCCCUUCGCCAUCCGCCUGGGCAAGUACAAGGCGCACUACUACACCCAAGGUUCCUUCCACAGCGGCACCACGCCGGACCAGGCGUGCCACGGGCUCACCCCGCUCACCCCGCACCUGCCCCCGCUGCUCUUCGACCUGGAGGCCGAUCCCGCCGAGAACUACGACCUGCUGCGGGGCCAGCCGGGCCCCGAGGCGCUGCAGGCGCUCAAGGACAUCGCCCUGCAGCGGGUGCUGCUGGAGCAGCGCCUGCAGUUCGGGGAGAGCCAGAUCGGCAAGGGCCGGGACCCCUCGCUGCAGCCCUGCUGCGACCCCGGCUGCGCCCCCAAACCUUCCUGCUGCCGCUGCUCCCCGCAGGGGCGCCCCAAAGGCUCCUGGCCCAGUCCCCAGUGACCCGGCCCGGCCUCGGGGGCGGCUCGGGGAGGCCCUGGACUCGCGGGGAGCCGGGGUGGAACGGGGUCAGGGAGACCCCAAAGGAGCAGGGCCCCGUGAUCCCUGUGGGACGUUCCAGGGGAGGACUUGGGCGGGAUCCUGACCCGUUCCAGGAUCAUUCUCCAGACAUUCCAGCACCUUCCCCAGAGCCAGGGCAGCUCCUGGGAGCCGUGAUCCGCUGGAGCAGAGGGAAUGUCCCAGAUCCAGGGAUCCCAGCAGGGACCAAGGGCACAGCGGGAUGGGAUCCCAGAGACACCAGCUGGUGACAGAGGGGACACCCCUGGGUGGCAGCAGCAGCGCAGGUGGCCCUUCCAGAGAUGGCAGCUCCAGCUGUCCCCAUGGCUGUCCCUCUCAAGGACGUUCCUGGGGCUCUGGGAUGGCAGCUCCAGCUGUCCCCAUGGCUGUCCCUCUCAAGGACGUUCCUGGGGCUCUGGGAUGGCAGCUCCAGCUGUCCCCAUGGCUGUCCCUCUCAAGGACCUGUCCCAGCACUGGCACACCUGAGGCUCUGCUGGGGAGCCUGGGCUGCAGAAGUUUCUCCCUCUCCCCAUCCUCCCCUCCCUCCUCCCCUCCAGGCCCAACCCCGCCCUUUUCCCCCAAAUUGUCCCAUCCUUGUUUUUCCCAGGAGACCGAACUGGGCUGUAAAUGUGGAUAAUGGGUGUGUGAUUUUUGGCCACGGGAAUCGUUUUUUUUUUUGCAGUAGCUGGGAGUGGGGCUGGGCCAGGACCCCAGGGUGGUGACACUGGCAGUGUGUCCCCUCUCGCUUCCGUGGACAAGGGCAUUCCUUCCGGGAUAAAACGUGGAAGGGCCUUGUCUUGGGAUUUCCAUGUAAAUCACUGCUUUGUCUUACACCCUUUCUAAUUAAUAUUGCUGCAAUUAAUGGUUUGAUUCCUUA